UCCGCUCUCCCGUGGUCGGCGGGGUAGGGGGUGGAAACAAACCUUGAGCCGACAUCGCGCGCUGCCUGGACUCCCGGCCGGGGUCGCUCUUCACGCCUCAGCCCGGCGUCUCAUCAGGUCCUCAGAGCGCUCCGCAGGGGUCUGGGGAGGCACAUAAGAAUUAAAUUCUGAAUAAGUCUACAAGUAGGAUGGACAGUUAUUUUAAAGCAGCAGUCAGUGACUUGGACAAACUCCUUGAUGAUUUUGAACAGAAUCCAGAUGAACAAGAUUAUCUCCAAGAUGCACAAAAUGCAUAUGAUUCUAACCACUAUUCAGUCUCUUCAGAGUUGGCUUCCUCACAACUAACUUCAUUGCUACCAAAGGAUCAACAAUGCAUUAAUUAUUGUGCCUCAUCAGAAACAGGCUAUGAAACAAAUCAAAUUGCCCUGAAUGAAAAAACACUUGAGGGACUAACUUCUAUACAAAAUGAAAAAAAUGUAACAGGACUUGAUCUCCUUUCUUCUGUGGAUGGUGGCACUUCAGGUGAAAUCCAGCCUCAACAUAUGGGACGAUGCAGUAAACCUGUCUGUGAUCUGAUAAGUGACAUGGGUAACUUAGUUCAUGUAACUAAUAGUGAAGAAGAUAUUAAAAAAUUAUUGCCAGAUGAUUUUAAGUCUAGUGCAGACUCUUUGAUUGGAUCGGAUUUAUCUUCAGUGUCAGAAACUUUCUGUGUUUCUUCAGCAGACCGUGGUAAUAACACAGUCAGCGAGGAACAGAAUGAUGUCAGCUCUGAAUUACAAAAGAGAGAAAUCAGUGGAACUAAAGAAUCUGGUAUAAAAGUAGAUACAGCACUUUCAGAUUCAUGUAAUUACAGUGGAAAAGAAAAUUUAGAGGAUAAAAAGAUCUCUAAUCAGUUAGAGCCAGUUGUUAAUUUUAACAUGCCAUCUGCUUUGACUCAAAAAAGUUCCGAAAUGUUUGAUGCCAAAGAGCAUCUACAACACAAGAACCAGCCAUGUGAAUUAGUAAAAGCUGAUGGUGGUUUAGUAAAAGAGGAGGUAGAUGUGCCAGUCAUAGCUGCCACCGAAUGUUUAAAAGAAGGAGACAGCACAAGUGCUUUGUCUUGCAGUCUUCCAAAAAAUGGAGAUUUACGCUUGCAUGAUUCAAAUUUAAGAGAGGAAAAUUUCAAGUUACCUGACUUUUCCUUUCAGGAAGAUAGGACCGCUAUAUUUAUAAAACAAUCUGCAAAAGAAGACUCAAGAAAUUUAGAUCUUAAAGAUAAUAAAGAUGAAAUCCAAGAUUCUGCUUCAACUUUACAUGUUUCAGGUGAAAAUACACACUCCUCGUUUUCCUGUCUUCCAGUACCUGAGUCUUUGUGUGAAUCAUUAAUUGAAGGUAAAGCUCAUGGUGAUUGUUUACCCCAGAAUGAAUAUAAAGAUAAUACACAAGAUGCAGUGAUGGCGCGUGAAGAAAUACAGAAGAAUACUACUUCAGAUGGGGAACCUUUGAAGGAGACUGAUCUUUUGAAAGAGGAAAAAUGUCAAAACAUACCUCAUCAGCCAUUAAUUGAAAAGAUUGGAGAUAGAAAGAUAGAUUCUAACCAGAUGAUAAUUAGAGUUGAAUCUUUGGAUUACCCUGAUAACACCAAUUCUACAACUGCAGAAUCUCAAAUAGAGCUUUCUGGUGCUAAUGCCCCAGAAUCUCCUGAUGGUUGUGAAGGUUUCACUUUUUCAAGCAGUGAUAUUGAUGGACAAGACUUGGAUUACUUUAAUAUUGAUGAAGGCAUGAAAAGUGGUGCCCCAAUUAGUGAUGCUGAACUUGAUGCCUUUCUAACUGAACAGUAUCUUCAGACCAGUAACAUAAAAUCAUUUGAAGAAAAUAUAAAUGACUCAAAAUCUCAAAUAAAUCAGAUAGAUAUGAAAGGCCUAGAUGAUGGAAAUGUUGAUAAUAUAUAUUUUAAUGCUGAAGCAGGAGCUACUGGGGAAAGUCCUGGCAUUAAUGUGAUUUGUGAAACAGUUGAUAAACAAAAUACAACAGAAAAUGGUAGCCUUUCUUUAGGGGAAAAGAGUACAAUUCCAGUUGAACAAGUCUUAUCUAGCAGUAAGUCUGAGAUUGCAAAUGAAUUAUCAGUCUCUGAUAGUAACAGUCAAUCUAUUCAUGUUGGAGGGGCCAGACCUAAGCAAUUGUUUAGUGUUCCAUCAAGAACAAGGAGUUUAAAGGAACCAAAUAAGCUGGAUGUUCCAAAUGUGCCUGAAAGUGAACCCAGGAUAGCAAGUACCAUUGUUCCAACCACCUGUACUACAGAUUCUAUGACUGAUCCUCAGGUUAGCUUUAAUUCUAAUUACAUUGAUAUAGAAAGUAAUUUUGAAGGUGGAUCCAGUUUUGUAACUACAAAUGAAGAAUCUCUUCCUCCAAACACUUGCAAAGAAGGCCUUAUUUUGGGCCAGAAACAACCUACUUGGGUUCCUGAUUCAGAAGCUCCAAACUGUAUGAACUGCCAAGUCAAAUUUACUUUUACGAAACGACGACAUCACUGCCGAGCAUGUGGAAAAGUAUUUUGCGGUGUCUGUUGUAAUAGGAAGUGUAAAUUGCAGUAUCUAGAAAAGGAAGCAAGAGUAUGUGUAGUCUGCUAUGAGACUAUUAGUAAAGCUCAGGCAUUUGAAAGGAUGAUGAGUCCAACUGGUUCUAAUCUUAAAUCUAAUCAUUCUGAUGAAUGUUCCACCAUCCAACCUCUUCAGGAAACUCAAACAUCCAGUAUACCUUCACCAACAACUUUACCAAUCUCAGCACUUAAACAACCAAGUGUUGAAGGAUUAUGCUCCAAAGAACAGAAAAGAGUAUGGUUUGCAGAUGGUAUAUUGCCCAAUGGCGAAGUUGCAGAUACAACAAAAUUAUCAUCUGGAAAUAAAAGAUGUUCUGAAGACUUUAGUCCUCUCUUACCUGAUAUGCCAUUGAUGAUAAACACAGUGGAUCAUGCCCAUUCUACUACAGUGGAAAAAUCAAACAGUGAGACAGGCGAUGUAAAAAAUGAGAUAAUUCGAAGUCCUAUUUCUCAGGUUCCAUCUGUGGAAAAACUGCCUACAAACAAGGGAACUGAGGGGUUGCCUGCUUCUGGUUCUUUUACACUAGAUGAUGAUGUUUUUGCAGAAACUGAGGAACCAUCAAGUCCUACUGGUGUCUUGGUUAACAGCAAUUUACCUGUUGCUAGUACUUCAGAUUAUAGGUUAUUGUGUGGUAUUGAUAAGAAUGUUUGCAAUAAGAUUAGUCUUCUACCUGAUGAUGAGGACAGCUUGCCCCCUCUUCUGGUUGCAUCUGGAGGAAAGGAAUCAGUGCCUGUAAUAGAAGAACACCCAUCUCACGAGCAGAUCAUUUUGCUUCUUGAAGGCGAAGGUUUUUGUCCUGUUACAUUUGUCCUAAAUGCUAAUCUACUUGUGAAUGUCAAGUUAGUAUUUUAUUCCUCAGACAAAUAUUGGUACUUCUCAACCAAUGGAUUGCAUGGCUUGGGACAGGCAGAAAUUAUUAUUCUAUUGUUAUGUUUGCCAAAUGAAGAUACUAUUCCCAAGGACAUCUUCAGACUAUUUAUCACCAUUUAUAAGGAUGCUCUGAAAGGAAAAUACAUAGAAAACUUGGACAGUAUUACCUUUACUGAGAGUUUUCUCAGCAGCAAGGAUCAUGGAGGAUUUCUAUUUAUUACACCUACUUUUCAGAAACUUGAUGAUCUCCUAUUACCAAGUAAUCCUUUUCUUUGUGGAAUUCUUAUCCAGAAGCUAGAGAUUCCCUGGGCAAAGGUUUUUCCUAUGCGUUUAAUGUUGAGACUGGGUGCAGAAUAUAAAGCAUAUCCUGCUCCUUUAACAAGUAUCAGAGGCCGAAAACCUCUUUUUGGAGAAAUAGGACACACUAUUAUGAACUUACUUGUUGACCUUCGAAAUUACCAGUAUACCUUGCAUAAUAUAGAUCAGCUAUUGAUUCAUAUGGAAAUGGGGAAAAGCUGCAUAAAAAUACCUCGGAAAAAAUACAAUGAUGUAAUGAAAGUGAUAAAUUCUUCUAAUGAGCAUGUCAUUAGCAUUGGAGCUAGUUUUAGUACAGAAGCAGAUUCUCAUCUAGUCUGCAUACAGAAUGAUGGAGUUUAUCAAACACAGGCCAACAGUGCUACUGGCCAUCCUAGAAAAGUGACAGGUGCAAGUUUUGUGGUAUUCAAUGGAGCUCUAAAAGCAUCUUCAGGAUUUCUUGCUAAGUCCAGCAUAGUUGAAGAUGGGCUAAUGGUACAAAUAACUCCAGAGACCAUGGAUGGCUUGCGGCUAGCUCUACGAGAACAAAAAGACUUUAAAAUUACAUGCGGGAAGGUUGAUGCUGUAGACAUGAGAGAAUAUGUGGACAUCUGCUGGGUAGAUUCUGAAGAAACAGGAAACAAAGGUGUUAUUAGUUCAGUGGAUGGAAUAUCAUUACAAGGAUUUCCAAGUGAAAAAAUAAAACUGGAAGCAGAUUUUGAAACUGAUGAGAAGAUUGUAAAGUGUACUGAGGUGUUCUACUUUCUAAAGGACCAGGAUUUAUCUAUUUCAGCAACUCGUUAUCAGUUUGCAAAAGAAAUAGCCAUGGCUUGUAGUACUGCACUGUGCCCUCACCUGCAAACUCUAAAGAGUAAUGGGAUGAAUAAAAUUGGCCUCAGAGUUUCCAUUGACACUGAUAUGGUUGAAUUUCAGGCAGGAUCUGAAGGCCGACUUCUUCCUCAGCAUUAUCUAAAUGAUCUUGAUAGUGCUCUAAUCCCUGUGAUCCAUGGUGGGACCUCCAACUCUACUAGUUUACCAUUAGAAAUAGAAUUAGUAUUUUUUAUUAUAGAAAAUCUUUUUUAGUGCAAGGAUGUGAGUCGUAUCAUGUAGUGCAAACUGAUUUGUUAAAACUAACUCUAGCACUAAAGCUGAAAUGCCACAAACACUAAAAGUAAAUAUGUUUGAUGUCUGAAACAUGUAAGCUUUGCUUUUUAGGCAGGAAUCAUCUUUUAAAAAUCAUUAGCACAAUAUUUAAAUCUCCAAAAAUUUAAGAGAUCCACAGUUUUUGAAGCUUUACACUUUACAAGUACUGAAAAAGACAAGGAUUUCUUCUGUCUUUAAGAAAUUUGUAGCAUUUACUGUGUUAUUUAAAUGCUAAGCCAAAGUAUCUGCACUUAAGUAUACCUCUUUAUGCCAAGAAAGAUUUUAAUGAAGGCUCCUUUCAGAUGUAACCUUAUGAGGGAAAUAUCUGUUCUGUUUAUAUGCCAGUUAAGCUACUGGUUUCUAAAGUCUGUUAAAAAUGUAUUUCAGUGGCACAGACCAGUUUCCAGAUCUUAGGCUUAUUAUGAUAAUUCUUUGAAUAAGGCAGAUAACUUAUUUGUAUAAUUGGAGUGGAGACCUACCUCCAUGAUUAGAUAAACUGAUUGUUUGCAUUAAAAUCAGAAUUUUGCCUUUUUUCUUUUCAAAUUAUUAUUUUAUAUAUAUAUAUGGUUUUCUCUUGAUUAAAUGGGUAUUCUUAAAAUAA